AACAGUGUCUGCGGGUCCACUGUGGCAGACGGCCAUGUCUGAUAGCGAAAUGAGUUGGCUCGAUGUUUUCUGUCACCCCCUGUGGGCAGUUUCCACGGCGCUGCUCGCGCUCGUCGUGCGCCUGCAGCGGAGAGGGCGCUGGGAUCCACGAACCUGCAACGUGCAGCUGAAAGGAAAGACGGCUAUAGUGACAGGAGCAAAUACAGGGAUUGGCAAGUUCAUUGCCAUGGACUUUGCACGACGCGGCGCACGUGUCAUCCUUGCCUGUCGAAGUGAGGCCCGAGGAACAGCAGCACUGACAGAAAUCAGGGAGAAAACGGGAAACGCCGAUGUCCACCUCCGUCUGGUGGACGUGUCCUCUAUGGACUCGGUCAGGGAGUUUGCCCGUAGGAUUCUGGAGGAGGAGAAGGCGCUCCACAUCCUUGUCAACAAUGCUGCAAUAUCAGGUUUCCCCAGGCAAAUAACCAAAGAUGGUUUUGAAAUCAGCUUUGCCACCAACCACCUGGGGCCAUUCCUGCUCACCAACCUGCUGCUCGAUCUGAUGAAGCGUUCGGCUCCGGCACGCAUCAUCACCCUCAGCUCAGUCAACCAUCACAAGGGACAAGUGGACUUCUCCCAUUUUAAGGGGGACAACCUUGUGCACAGCAUGGAUACAGUCUACAACCACACCAAGCUGCACAAUAUUAUCUGUACCAACGAGCUCGCACGCAGGCUGCAGGGCACAGGUGUCACUGCAAACUCUGUCCACCCUGGUAUCGUCAUGACAGAAGUGUUGAGAAACUACAGCAUUAUAAUUCGUGGCAUUUUCAAUUUGAUUGGAAUCUUCUUUUUUAAGUCUGCAGAGGAAGGCGCAGUCAGCCCCAUAUACUGUGCAGUAGCAGAGGAAACCGAGGGGAUAACUGGGAAGUAUUUCGACAGUGACUGCUCGCUGGUUCUGCCCGCCCCUUUAGCGAGGGACACUGCCCUCGCGGUCAAGGACUUUGAGGUCUGUGAGAGACUGACAUCAAAGCUCUGAGACAAUUAUCAGGCACAUGGAGGCCUGAUAAGAGAGAAUCCAUGAUAGUGCAAACUCUUGUUCUAGACUGAAGGACAUCUGAAGUGUGGGUGGAGAGCUGCCUUUGAAAUCAGAACUGCAAAGCAAGGCACAUAUUCUAAUCCGAUGGGCUGUAUGUCUGUCUGUCUGUCUAACAGGUCAAAUGUGAUGUGGGUUUGGGAAAUGAUCCAGAUUUUUCGGAUGCAUUUUUAGGGGGUUGUUGUAUUCACCAGAAAAAGAGAGAGUGUUUAAGGUGUCUGGCAGUGGCAAUACUUUAUCUCUUUCAUUAUAUUAAUAUAUGAGGAUUUAUACAUGUAUGAAAAGUGCUAUAUAAUAAAGUCUGAUUGAGCAAUCGUCCUAAAA